AUGGCGUCCCUUAUCAGCGGGCUGUUAGCAUGGCUCCGUAGCCUGCUCUGGAGCAAGCACCUCGAGGUUACGAUUGUCGGCCUCCAGGCGAGUGGAAAGACUUCGCUCGUCAAUGUUCUGGGCAACGGCCAGUGGUCAGAAGAAGUUGUACCAACCGUCUCGUUCAACCUGAGACAAAUACGCAAGGGCAAUGUGACCAUGAAGGUCUGGGACGUUGCUGAAAGGGACUCUUUGCGCAUGGAGCAUAUGGGAUUUUGGCUGGCGAGGGGAAGAACUUCGCAGACCCAUUCAGACCUCGCAGACCCCCAAAGGUUCAACAGCCCGCCGGGUGACCAUGACUACACACGUCACGUCCUCGAGGCUGGAAGGCCGCGCACGUCUUUCUCCCCAAAGACUUUGCGAAGGCCGCCUGCUGAUGGGACCAUGGCGUCCCAUCGCGCUGGCGCUUUCCCAGCCCCAGCGUCCAAGAAGCCAGCCCAGUCGACGAGCCAGCCCAACCCCGGAUACCAGAAUGCUGACAGACACGCAGGGGCAGCCCAAGUUCAGAUCAAUGUGGGAAAGGUACUGCGGUUCGUGGUGGACGCAGCCGACCCCAAGAGCCUGCCCACAGCCACGUCCGAGCUCCAUUCCCUGCUCGCACUUCCCGCCCUGGCUGGUGUCCCGCUGUUAGUCUUGGCCAACAAGAACGACCUGCCGGGGGCUCUUGUGGUGGACGACCUCAUUCGAGACAUGCGGCUUUCCGAGAUUGGCGGCCGUGCUGUAUCCUGCUAUUCGACAAGUAACAAGACGAAGCAUAACCUCGACAUUGUGCUCGAGUGGCUCACACAGCGUGCUCACUGA